CUGAUAACAUUAGACCAGCUGUUUUACAUUUUUUCUAUUGUAUUAUACAAAAUAGUACAAACAAUUUCGAGAAAAUAAUUCUUUGCAUUUUAUAAUUAUUUACGCAUGAAUUUAAUUCAAUUCAUGUUAUAACUAAAUUAAUAAUUCAAUUUAAUUUGUAUAAUAAAUAUUAAAAUCAAAACAACAUUAUCGUUUGUAUAAAAUUAAACAACAAUACGACCUACAACUACAGUGGUGAAUUGCAUUUUGUUGUGCCGCAUUGAUAUGUAUGUAUGUUUGUUUAAAUGUCUUUCCUGGUCAAAUAUAAAUAAAUAACAUUGUUUAGAAUCAUUAAAACAAAAAAUCGUUUUUGUCAUUACUUUUUUAAACAAUGAGUGAAAUAAAUACACAAGGAAAGAAAAACAAAGGACGCAAUAAACCGACAAUUACAAAAAAAUGGGAUCAUAAUGAUGAAGCUGCUAUAAUCAAUUUCCUAAAACAAAACCGUGAAUUUGAGAAACCAACACAACGAAAGUAUUAUACAAAGUUUAUAAUAGAAAAUGGAUUGGAUGAUAUUUAUUGGAAACUUGUAUAUUAUAAAGUACGUAAUAUGCGAACAGUUUAUCGCAGAGCUAAAGAAUACCAAAAACAAAGAGGAGAUGUCAAUGAAAUGGAUGCUGAGGCUGUAAAAAAUGUAAUGUUCAAAAUUUGUUGGUAUGUGGAGGAUUUUGAUGUUCUAUUCCCUAAUGAAAUGUCGGAAAAUAAACGAAUAGAUGUACAAGUAACUAAUUCUGAUAAAGAGGAUGAAACUUCAAACCAGGAACUUUUUUCCAAUACAACAAAUCAUAUUAAUAAUAAUGCAACUACUAGUUUCAAUGAAGAAAUUCUGCAUGAAGAACCUAUGUUGAGUUAUUUACCCAAGAGUAUUAGAAAAGACAUAUUGGCUGUACAAACGGGUAAAUUUAAUUUUAAACGACGGAAAUUUGAUAAAGAAAGCAUAAUAAAACAAAAACAACUUGAACUGGCAAGAACUAAAUUUGAAUUUAAAGCAGAGAAAUUUCGCUUAGAAAUGAAAUUGAAAGAAAAACAAAUCGAAAGCCAAGAAAAAUUAAAGUUAAUGGAGCUACAAAUAAAAGAGAGAAUAGCCAUGAAAGAAUUGGCACUUAAGGAAAAACUGGCACUAAAAUCAAUUAAAACUGCUGAUGUUGAAACUUCCUUUAGUAAUAUAUUUUAAUAAUAAAAUAAUUUCUUUUCUUUGUACAUUAUUUAAAAUAAAUGUUAAAAAAAACUACAAUUUAAACUUAAUGAUGUAUUUCUUUCUAUAAAAUAUUAAGAUUAUGUCAUCACCUUGCAUAGCUAACUAAUUUAAACAUUUAUAAAGAAAUCAUUUCAAUUUAAACUAAAUUGCAUUCAUGUGUAGCUAUUGUUUGGCUUUACGACAUUAUUUUAUUACUGUAUUUAAGGU